AUGGCGGCCCUCAGCGGACUUCGGCUACUAAGUGAUGGUCACUUUAUUACGGAGGCACAUAACAUAGGUGGGCCACAUUUGCCUCCUAGGAAGGACAGUUACAACCAUUCCUUCUCCGAGGUUCGAAUCCGGGACCUUCGAUCAGGUUACCCUAAGGAAAUUCAGUGUGAUUUGGGUAGAUCGUUUACCAGUGAACUUACAUCUGAGUUUUUUAGCAAGUUCGGAAUUAAGGUGUAUCAUUCUUCUGUGUGUCACCCUCAAAGCAAUUCUGUUGAAAGGUUGCAUUCCACCUUGAAAAGGGUAUUGAAGGCUUUGUGCUUGGAAAGCGGGAAGGACUGGGAAGAAUGUUUGCCAUGUGCUUUGUUCGCCCUCAGAACUGUUAGCCAUGAGAGCACAGGUUUUAGUCCCUGCGAGUUAGUACAUGGAAAAAAUUUGAGAAUGCCUCAAACGAUUGUGUAUGAAAACUGGCUAGAGGAAGAAAGUUCAGACCCCACUGUGGUCGAGUAUGUUCUAGACUUAAUAAACAGAUUAAAGAAGUGUCAGGAGCUGGCUGUAGAGAGGAUGAAAGAGUGUCAGAGCAAAAGGAAACUCUGGUAUGAUCGCAACGCUGUUACGAGAAGGUUUAAGGUCGGAGAUCUCGUGCUUGUUUUAGCCACGUCUAAACCACACAAAAUGGCUCUGAACUGGAUAGAGUCAGGUAAAGUAACUAGUGUGAUUUCCGAAACCAAUUAUACGGUAGAGAUUCCGGGUAAGCGUAGCAGUGACACCAUUUAUCACGUAAAUUUGAUGAAACCUUAUUAUUAG